AUGAAUUCGAAUAUUGGAAAAUCGAAUAAAAAUGUAUCUCUAAACAACUUCGAGUUCGAUCUCGGUGUCAACACAAACCGUUCUCGAUCUCUCAACGAUCAAAAGAACAAAAAAACAACCUCGUAUUCAUAUUCAGCAUCUUCAUUUUCAAAGCCUAAUACGACGUCAUGGCAAUCCAACAAACCCUCCUGGACUCACCAACCGGCGGCACCGAGUCAAUCGGCUAUGCCGGGUUCAUUAUCCGGCUCAACGUCGAUGGUUGGUGACAUAUUCGGGAAAAGUUGGUCUUCAACGCCUUCUAUGACCAAUUCCAUUUCAAAUAUUGGAAUUGGGAACAAAAGCCCUAAUUUGUUCGGCGAUCUCGUGGGCUCGGCAUUAGGGCAGAAUAAGGGUACAAAUAGUAAUGCGCCUUUGAAAAAUGCAACGCCGGUGUCAAAUAAGAAUGUGUUUUCGAUGGGGAAUGUGGCGGAUUCUCUGCCAAAGACGGGCAAUUCGGUGAAAAGUAGUGGAAACUGGGGCUCUUCUGAGAGUUUUGGGAGCUAUACAAGUGCUUACAAUAGCAAUAGCAGUGUCAAUGUUAAUGUGAGUACUACUGCUAGCAACAGAAGUCCCAAUCUUGGUGGUCCGUCCCUGAAGAGUAUGGGUGGAAGUGGAGCCACAGGUGGUGGAGGGAUGGGCUCAAAUAAAGACCCAUUUGGCAAUUUGGUUGAUUUUGGGUCAAAGCCGGAUGCUAAUAUUAAUUCGGCAGGUAAAGGUAAUAAUAAGAGCAAUUUGGGAGAUGAUUCAUUCGGGGAUUUUAAGAAUGCUUCGAAACCGAGUACAUCGUCAUUUAUGUCAAAUGCUUUUCCCACAAAAAAUAAUAGUUCGAGCAUGGAUACUUCUUCAAAGAUGGACGAUUUUGGGAGUUUUGCUUCUCAGAACCAACCAUCUGUGCAUUCCCCUGGUGUUGAUGUGUUUGAUUCUUUGUUCUCCUCAUCCUCGGCCUCGGGUGGGGUUGCGACAAAAGAGUCUGAAGGGCUGCACAAUGAUCAGUUUUCUGGAGGCAAUGAUUGGGGUUUUGAAUCAGAAUUUGGGGGAGGGAAUGACAAUGGAAGGACAACUGAGCUUGAAGGGCUUCCUCCCCCGCCUUCUGGGGUUACUGCACCAACGGCAAAGAACAAGGGAAUGGAUAAUUACAAGCAGGGGCAAUAUCCUGAUGCCAUAAAGUGGUUGUCAUGGGCUGUAAUUCUUCUUGACAAGGCUGGUGAUGAUGCUGGCACAAUGGAGGUCUUAUCAUGCCGGGCUUCUUGUUACAAAGAAGUUGGGGAGUACAAGAAGGCUGUCGCUGACUGUACGAAGGUACUAGAACAGGACAGUACCAAUGUAUCUGUCCUUGUACAGCGGGCCCUCCUAUAUGAGAGUAUGGAAAAGUACAAGCUUGGGGCAGAAGACCUCAGGACUGUUAUGAAACUUGAUCCUGGUAACAGGCUCGCAAGAAGUACCAUUCACCGCUUGACUAAAAUGGCCGGGUAG